UUCCCAUGCGACGAGAGGUUCAGACCACUUGUGCAAGAUCUUGCAGAGAGGAUUUGAACAAAUUCAAGUAUGAGACGAGAAAGACAUAUCAGUUCAGCUACGAAGCUGACACAACGACUCAAAUCCAAGGGUCGAUGGAAGAACAAUCCGGCCUGCAUGCCAAGGCUACGGUGGAAAUUGAAGUUUUGGACAAGUGCGAGAUGGUGCUCAAGGUGAAUCAGGUUCGUCUGGAACAAUCCGAUCCCACAAAUUUCCACUCAAGAACUCCGAUCACUGAUGACCGCUUUGCCCGUUUGGUCGAGGCCAACCCCCUGAGGUUUGCCUUCCAGGACGGUGAGGUGGAGAGCCUGUGUCCAGUAGAGGGAGAGGAUGUGAAAGCCCUGAACUUCAAGAGGGGUAUUCUGUCCGCCUUCCAGAACACUAUGGACGAAUUUGAGAAGGGCAAGACCACGAAAGAGGCUGACAUCGCUGGCAAUUGCAAUACCGUCUACAGCUUGACCAGCAAGGGCUGGAGUACGUUCACCAUUAACAAGACCAAGGAUAUCCUGGGCUGCACUGACCGCCAUGGUCAUCUGUCUUCCGUCCAGGCCACUGACUACAAGGCUUCGUCUGAAAUCCAAUCUAUGCCCCUGAUGAAGACAUGGCACUCUUGUGAACAAGAAAUCCACACUAGUGGCCGCCUUGGCAAGACCAGCUGUAUCGAGAAGCACGUGUUCCGCCCCUUCUCUAAGUUUGAGAGCGGCGCUGUGACCGUCACCAGCUCUAAGCUGGAGUACGUUACCGACAGAUAUGGCGUGUCCUCUGCACCCGAGUAUGCCCGUCGCACCGACCUUCUCUUUGAGCACCAAUUUGAGAUGCCCGCCGGCAGCAGGGACAGUAGAGAGGCCGAAACCACUUUCUCUACAAUCUGCCAGAAGAGUGAGGAGGAGAUCAAGCCUGAAGUCGCCCAGCUGUUCGCCCAGCUCGUCUACAACCUCCGUGAGUUGGAUGAAGCCACCCUCCGUAGAGUGUGGGGCAGACUUGACUCCAUCUGCAGCUCCAACACCGACAGAGCAAAGAAAUUUUUCAUCGACGCCAUGGUAGCCGUGGGUAGCUCUGGAUCUGUGCAAGCAAUGCAGAAAUUGAUCGCUAACAACGAAGUGAAAGGCUUGACCGCAGAGAUGUGGCUCACGUCCCUCGCCUUCAUUCAGCAACCUACCAAGGAAAUGCUUGUUGCACUUAAGCCUCUGUUGGAAGGUUCCGCUACCUCCCGCAAGGCUUUCCUGUCCAUUUCUACCCUGGUUCACUCCUACUGCCUUAGCAACGCCCAAUGCAGCGAGGAGACGGCCGUCAUGGACAUCUUGAGGAUCUUCGAGACUAGCCUGGGACGCGACUGCAGUGGCGACCGCGAAAAGACUCUGAUGGCCCUGAAGGCACUUGGAAACACAGGAAUCCUCACCAAGGCCAUCCCUACCCUGCAACGCUGCUUCCAGAGCAAAAAUCUUGAUAUGGAGAUCAGAACUGAAGCAACCAAGGCUUUCCGUCGAAUGCCAUGCGGUGCUGAUCGCGAUGGCUUGUUGGAGACUUUCAAGACCACCACAGAAGAGACAGAAAUCCGCAUUGCUUCCUUCUUGGCUCUGAUGAAAUGCCCAACUGACAUGAUCAUCCGUGACGUUAAGGAGACUUUGGAGAAGGAGGAGGUUAACCAGGUCGGCUCUUUCGUCUGGACCUACCUGACCAACCUGAUGGAGACCGGUUCCCUUUACAAGCAGGAGAUCCGCAAGAUCCUUGAAGAUGAGACCCUGAAGAAGGAAUUCAACCUAGACAUGAGAAAAUUCUCCCGCAACAUCGAGAAGUCUUUCUUCUUCGAGAUGCUGAAUGCUGGUGCCACCGCUGAGAGCAAUCUGAUCUGGUCUCCCAAGUCUUACAUCCCCCGCUCCGGUAUGUUCAACCUGACCGUUGACUUGUUCGGCAAGUCCAUGAACCUCCUGGAACUGGACGGCCGCGUGGAGGGUAUGGAAUACAUGCUGGAAAACUUCUUCGGACCCAAUGGUUAUUUCCAGGACAAUGCCGUCAGUGACUUGCUCAAGCGCAACAGAGGCUCUCUGAAGAACACCGUGAGCGUGCUUGGAAACACCUUUGAAGCAGAAGCUGAAGAUGAACUGAAGGGCAGUAUGUCACUGAAGAUUUUCGGCAACGAAAUCCGCUACAUGGACUUGGCCAACUUGAAGACCAUGAACUUCAACUUCCUUGAGAUCCUUCAGAAACUGGCACAAGAACACAACUAUGACUACACCACCAGCAUGAUGUUUUUGGACAGCACCAUGAACAUCCCAACCAUCGUCGGUUUCCCACUGAAGCUCAGCGUCAACGGUACAGCUACCGUCAACGUCCAGAUCGGUGGCAAGAUGGACCUGCGUCAGCUUGGCACAUCCCCACGUGGAAUGAACAUUGAUGGACACAUCAAGCCAAGCGGUGCUAUUGAGAUCUCAAGCAUGAUGUCUGUCGAGGCUAUAUCUGCUCGUGCUGGUGUGAAGAUGGUUAAUACUUUGUCCAGCAGCGCAGUCGUCCAGGGCAAGAUGCAGAUCCAGGACGGUCGCGUCUUCGUCACAAACAUCGAUAUGCCAAGAGACCAGAUCGAUUUGUUUGACUUGAAAACCAAAUUCUUUGUCGUCUCCCUUGACUCUGAGCGUGAGCAGAGAAUGAUCACUGAUGACCGCAUUGAGCAGGAAAGGUGCACAGGCAAAACACUGGAGAAGGCCCUUGGCAUUCAGCUCUGCGGCAAACUCUCCCUCCCCAACGCAUUGGCGAAGAGUGAUGCUCCAUUCUUCCCUCUCACCGGCCCCAUGAAUGUGAAGGUUGCUCUGAACAAGAAGGACACUAUGACUGGCUACCAGUUUUUGGCAUCUUACGAACUGCCCAAAGUUCACAAGGGAGGCCAGAGAAUCACCAACUUCAAAUCCAAAGUUUCGUUCAACACCCCAGGGUCUAGAAUCAACCGUGAGAUCUCAGCUGAACUCGCUUUACUCCGCUCUGAGCUGGCUGCCAGUUUGGUGAUGAAGUCUCCAUGGAAGACCAUUGGCAUGAAUACCGAUUUCACCAACCGCGCCAACUUGAAGCGCAUGGUGUCACGUAUGACCAUCGAUGAGGUACAAUACUCAAUGACAUCCGAGCUGAAGAUUGAGAAAUAUCCAAGAAGGAUCAAGUACACACCAAGUGUUGAAAUCGUCAUUCCAAACCGUGAUGAGAUCACCUUGGAAGGUGGUAUGGAAUACGUCAGAGGCAAGAAGUUAGAGGGAGAGGCCAAAUUGCUUAACCUUCUUACUGAGCCAGUGACGUUCAAGACCAAACUUGAGAAGACUGAGCGUCCCAAGCGCACCAGUUUAACCCACUAUUUGGAGCUGAAGAGCACCCUCAUCCACAUGAAAACCACUGGCACCUACGACUCAAAGCCAAAAGCUCUGUCCUCCAGAGUAGACUUGCAGUACGCCCUGAGGAGCGCACCAACAGAAACUUUCGCUGUCCACGGAAAAAUUAAUGACAGAAGUGCUGCUGACCUUGCCGACUAUAGUGCUGAUCUGGCUUUUGAAAGUUCCCAGUUUUCUGACUACAACUUCCAAGUGAAAUCCAAUGGUAAGAAGGGAGCUAAGCAUUUGUCCGGAGAGCUAGAAUUCUCUUACGGCCGUGAUACAACUGACGCCACUAGGAAGAUUUCUAUCACGCAGGACUUCAAUGAUGUCAGCAGAGGUGGCAUGACCAACAUGAACGGCAAAGUUACCUUAAAAUUCCCGCUCAUGCGUGUCGACAGUGAAGCUAGCUUCAACCACAAGCACAACAUGAACACUCUAAACACAAAUGCUGUUGCUAAAUAUAACAACAAAGAGGCUAGAGCUUCCUUGAACCUGGAGAGAGAGAUGGAGGGACAACUGAAACUGAAAGGUGAUGCCAACUUGCGUUUACCAACCCGUCAUAUGCGCCUGUAUGCUGAUGUAGAUGAGAAGAGCCAGGGCGAGUUCCACAGCAAGAUGAUUGGUCAGUGGGAUUUCGGUAAGAAAGCUGAAAUGACCUCCCUGUAUGAGCGCAAAGGACGCCUCAACCAUGAGGUAUCGUCAACCAUUAAUGUUGCCCACCUUAGCCCAGUCAAGAUCAAUGGCCGAGUAUCCUUGCAGAAGAGAAAUCCCGCCAUGUCUGGAAGUGUUGAGUACGACGGAAAAUCAUAUUCUACUGCUGCCUCAGCUGAGAUUCGCAAAAAUGCUGUCAGUGGUGAGGCCUUUGUCAAGUACCCCGAGCGUACCCUGAAGACCGAAGCAACUUAUGGCGUCGUUGGAAACAAACACCAUGGUGACUUCAGCUUCAAAUGGGAUGCUGACCGUGAUGACACCAAAGUUUUAACCAUUGGGGGAGACUACGAAGACAAGACCAACAAUGCCAUGUUCCACCAUGAGGCUUCUCUGAAGUUCAACCACCCGUUGAAGAGAGGAGACGUUGAGGUUAUGUUGCACAAGUCAGACAAAGAUGGUAAGGCAAAGGUGAAGACAACCUGGGACCAGACCAAUGAGGCGGUAUUUGAUGCUGGCUAUUCUGAUGAGAAGACUUAUGGUAACAGGAGAGUGAAGGCUGAUGUGAAGCUUACCACUCCAUUCCGCAAAUACAGAAGCAUGGCCGGUAGUAUUACUCAGGAAAUGAAAGAAGGGGAAUACACUACGCACGCUGAGGCAUCUUGGGAACCAAGGAAAAAGGUGGAAGCAGACUUCAGCCUGAAACAUGGUCGCACACCCCUCACUGAUUUGGAAAGCACUCUUACUAUGUCAACACCAUUCCGCUCCAUGGAACAAUUUUCUGGCAAGCUUCUACACAAAUUGGGCAAUGGUCAGCUAGACUCAUCCAUUUCUUCCGAGUGGGACAACAACAAGAUGGCACUCACUGCUUCUGGCAAGGCCCGUAGCAUCUGGGAUUGGGAAGGGAAGAUAGCCUUCAAUAGUCCAAUAACCAAUGCUGAAAGAAUUUCCCUCAUCGGAAAGCAUCAAUGCCAGACAAACCAGAUGAAGAGUUCUUUGGAGAUGCAGGUUGUGGAAAAGAAGUUUGGCAUCGAUUUAGACAUGAACCACCAGGUGGCACUCCCAUCCCUUAAUACUAAGGGCACCUUAACCAUCUCUACUCCAAUUGAGCAUUACCGUACCAAUACUCUGUCCUGGGAUCAUCGUAACACAGAUUCUUCUAUCCAGAGCAAGAUUGAGGGUAGGUGGCACCAUGAGAAAGUGAUCUUCAACAUUAAAGGAGAUCAUAACCUCGGCUACAGACGUACCAUCAAGGGCACUGUUGAGCUCCAGACAACUCAAGAUCCACUCCGUCACAUCAUUUUGAGUCUGGACCAUGAAAAUGGUGAUCUUGAUUUCAAGACCACAACAGAACUGACCUCCUCCCACCAGAGAAUGAUCCUCGGAAAGACUGACUUCAAAUUGGAAGAAAAGUCAGUCUCUGCCAACGCCGAACUGAUCACUCCAUGGACUCCAGUGAAAGAUGUCCGUGCAAAGAUCCUUGGAGACUUGAGCAAGAAACCAUUCACUGGUACCAUUCAACUAGACUACGCACCAUCUAAGAGAAUUGCAGUGGAAAGCACUGUGGAUUACAGAGGCACAUGGGAAGGUCGUCAUGCUGUCAAUGGCAACCUACGCUUUACAAGUCCCUUCAAGCCAGUUGAGACUAUUGUCCUCAGUGUUGAUCAUCAGUGUAAUGAUGGAUGGCAAUCUGAAGUAAGUCUGUCAUUUGAUAAACCAGAGAAGAAGAUUCAUCUGUCUACCAAUCUCAGAAAUGCUGAUGAUAUUUUGGCCACACUUGCUCUCAAGACUCCAUUUAAAGCCUUCCCAGCCUUAAAUGCCAGAUUUAAUCACAAAACACCAGGAGAGGGACUUUGGGAAACUGAAGCUAAUGUUGAGUAUGCACCAGGAAAGGACAUCACAUUCAAGGGCGACCUUCAACUUGCUGAUUCCUACAAGGGAUCUAUGACCUUCACAUCUCCAUUUGCACCAGUCAGCAAUAUCCAGGCUAGUUUCAACCAUGAGGGUGAGCCCAUGAACUUCCGCUCAAGUGCUGAGGUGACCCAUAACCAAAGAAACAAAUUCGGCAUCCUUGCCGAUUAUGAGGCAUCCUAUGGGUUUGGUAAUGUUAAGGGAAGCAUGACUUUGAUGACCCCCUUCAAGCCUGUAGAAAACGUGAAGCUGACCAUUGGGCAUAGAGGUCAUUUGAAGGACCUGAGAUCCAACAUUGCAUUGACCUAUGCUCCAUCAAAGAAAAUGGAAAUGACCGUCAUCUUCAAGCAUGCUAGGACCACUGAAGCUAAACUUGUCAUGCAGACUCCAUUCAACAACUUUGAGAACAUGGAGCUCGCCUUUAGCCAUGCUGGUCUACCUAUCCAGUUCCAAACCGAGGCAGGUCUUAUUACAUCCUAUCCAGGGUGGAAGAAGUUCAAUAUCAAGGUAGAGAAUGAUGCCACCAAUGACAUACGCAGUGCUCUAAUCAUCCAGACUCCGUUUGAUGACUACAAAUCAAUGUCCCUUGAGUUCAGUCAUCGUGGACAGAUGAGUGAUUUUGAAACCAAGAUUCUUGCAAAGAAAUUGCCAGGAAACAAGCAGUUUACUGGGGAAGUAAGCAACAGAGGAACCUUGUCCAACUUCAAUUCCCGGAUGAAGGUUACAACUCCAUUCCGUGGCUAUGAUGAAUUUGCUCUUGAUGCCACCCACCGUGGAAACAAGUUGACUGACUUUGAGACCCAGGUAGGACUAACUACUGCUGUUCGUGGUUUUGAGAAGUUUGCCUUCAAUGUCAACAACAUGGGCUUCAUGAGAAAAUUCAGCACCAAGGUAGAGACUCCAUUCCGAGGCUAUGAUGUAUUUACCAUUGACGUGUCCAACACUGAGGAUUUGAGGAACUUGAAAAUUGCUGGUAAGAUCACAACUCCAGUUCGCAACUACAGAGAGUUCACCUUCGAGGUUGCUAAUGAUGGAGUGCCAACUGAUUUCACAUCCAGUGCCACCAUCACCACCCCAAUUUCAGGAUUUGAAAGGUUCAACAUGGAGGUCCAACAUCGUGGUUCCAAGAUCGUUGACUUCAACAGCAAACUGACCAUAACCACAACCAUGGCCAAGUUUGACAAGGUUGCCAUUGAGGCAAGCAAUGUUGGCAUCCUGAGAAACCUGAGAAUCAAGGUUAUUACACCCAUCAGAAGUCACCGUGAAUUCAAUGUGGAAGUGAACAACAAUGAGGACUUGAACAAUUUGAGAGCAAAUGCCAAGAUCACUACUCCAUUCCGAAGCUUUCAAGAGAUGUCUGGGGAGGUUAAACAUACUGCCACACCACAGGGAUUCAAGUCAGAAGUGAGUGUGAUGACCCCAUUCCGCAACUGGGAGAGGCUCUCUGCCUCAGUCAAUCACCAGAUGAGUUUAUGGAGACGUAUUGACUCUACUUGGAUUGUGAAGAGAAACAAUGAAGAGAUUUCGCUGGAGAUGGACCAUACCAUGCAACAGAAUGACAUCAACAGCAAAGUCACACUGAAGACUCCCAUCAGCAAGAUGGCUGAGACCUCUCUUGAAUUGACCCACAGAGGAGACAUCAGCGACUUUGAAAACAAGAUGAUUCUGAAGACCUCCAUUCCCCAAUGGCAAGAAAUGUCUGCUGAGCUGUCCCACAACGGAAAUCUCCGCAAAUUCAAUACCAAGGGCAACUUGAAGACUCCAAUGAGAAUGCUCAGAGAUAUGUCUUUUGAGAUUGAUCAUGAAGGUGACCUGCAGAAGUUCAACACUAGGGGCAAUUUUAAAUCCCAGAUAAAUAAGCUCCGUGAUGUUUCUUUCACCCUCAAUCACGAAGGAAACUUGAAAAAGUUUUCAACCAGUGGCACGCUAGCAAAACACUCCUUUGACAUUACAUUUGAUGCUUCCUCCCCUGAUUUGGACCUGACUAUCACACUUCCGGCCCUGAGUCUGGAGGAACUAAAAUACGUGCACAAGGGCCCACUGAACGGGUUCACCUGUGAUGGGAGCUUGAAGACCUUUGGUGCCUACCCUGAGAUGAGUCUCAAACUGAAACACAAUGGCAACCUUAGAAGAUUUAAAUCUGAAGGUGAAUUGAACAUCCCAGAAAAGCAGUCUUUCGACAUUUCUUUCACAAAGAGUACAUCACAGCUGAGUGCUGAAAUCAACUUGCCAAUCUUGAAGAUUCAAAGUGCCCAGCUCACCCACAAUGGACCCCUGACCAGAUUCACCACUUCUGGCAGUCUUCGAACUGGCUACAGUGGCAUGGAAGAUCUCUCAUUGAAAUUGGACCACAAUGGCGAUCUCAACAGUUUUACAACCAAAGGAGAAUUGAAUCUUCCAGAGAAGCAGUCAUUUGAUGUUUCCUUCUCCAGGAACACUCCCCGAUUGACCCUCGAGGUCAUUGUGCCAGCCCUGAAGAUCAACAGAAUUCAGUACACUCACGAGGGACCACUAGCAAGAUUUACUUGCAGCGGAAGCAUGACAACUGGCUUCAUGGAUGACCUCUCUUUGAGUUUGGAACAUAAUGGCAGACUGCAGAGCUUCAAUACUAAAGGAAGUGUGAACUACAAGGGAGAGCAGUCUUUGGAAGUUGCCUUUGACAAGCCAGCCAAGACAGUGGACAUCAAAUUGGAAUUGCCCGCUUUGAGUGUUGAAUCCUUCACUCUCCACCAUGAAGGUUACAUCCGCAAAUUUACAACAUCUGCUAAACUUAGAUCUGGCUACAGCAACUUCGAGAACAUCGACAUUGACCUUAAUCAUGCUGGUAACAGAGCUCGAUUUGCUUCCAAGAUUGAAGUGAAACUGCCAGAGGUGCAGUUCAUCGACAUCAAAUUCAACAAAUUUACCGACAAACUCAACUUCAACAUUGAAGUACCAGCCCUGAAACUGAGAUCUGUAGAGUUCAAGCACACCGGUCCUCUUACCAAGUUCAACACCUUACUGAAUGCUGAGACUGGAUUUGACGGUUAUGAAAAUGUUGGGCUCACCCUGAGCAACGAUGGUAACUUGAACGCAUUUGAAAGUGCCGUUACUUUAAAGCUCCCUCAGAGGCAGAAUAUUCGCCUGACCUGGGACAAAGCCAGCACCAAGGUUACUGUUGAUGGGUCCAUCCCAGUUGCCAAAAUUGACACCAUUGAAAUUAGACAUGAGGGGUCUCUGCGCAGCUUCUCCACUUCAGGCAACCUCCGCACUUCAUACCGUGGUCUAAGAAAUGUUGGAAUCUCCUGUGAACACAGUGGAGUUCUGAGACGCUUCAACUCUAAAUGCACUCUCAGACUGCCAGAGGAGCAAUCUGUUAAUGUGAACUUCAACCUCCAGAGCAAGACCUUCAACUUUGAAGCUAAACUGCCUUUCGCUGAUACCUCUGCCACCAUGUCCCAUGCUGGAGGACUUAACAAGUUUGAAACAAAACUUGGCCUUGAAGACAAGUGGAGCCUUGAAGCUGAACAUGACAGGACACAGAAGUCAGCCCUGAGGGUGAAGACUCCAGUAAACAAGUACGAGCAGAUGUCCCUUGAAGUGAGCCACACAGUUGCCUUGCCAAAAGUUGACAUCACCGCAGAACUACGCACUUCCCACCCUCGUGUCCCAUCCAUCACUGCAGAGCUUCACCACGAUGGCUUAAUUAAGAAAUUUAGCUCUGAACUGAAGCUGACUACUCCAUUCACCAACAUGAACUCUCAGUCUCUGCGUGUCGAGUACGAGGGCCAGCCUCAGAAUUUUGAAGGCAAGGUCGCAGUCACCACUAGCAUUCCCAAGUAUGAAUCUGUGAUUUAUGAGGUGAAGCACCAGGGCAACUUGAGAAGCUUCAAGAGCAGUGUCUCUCUCGAGUAUGGUGACUACAAGAAGAUAGAGGGAGCCAUUAACAUGAAACUGCACAAUUUGGCACAGGCACAGGGUAGUAUCAACUUCAAGAGCCCAAUCCCGAACUUUGACGACAUGUCUCUUUCAUUCCGUAACAGAUUCAAUGCAAGGCAAAAGAGUGUAAGUCAUGCUAGCUCUGUGUCCUGGACCCAGGGUAAAAAGAUAACUGUUGAUGCCACCUACGACAACAACGCUGGCAAUCUGAAGCUCACCACUCCAUUCGAGAAUCUGAGGGAACUGGUGCUGGAUCUGACUGGCAAAUACCAGCCAUGGGACAUAAACAUGAAGGCCAAUGCUGACUAUAAUGGUGACAGGUGGUUGUCUCUUGACUCCGCCUAUUCUGGAACAAACCACCACAUUGGAAGAAUGACUGUUACCACUCUGUGGGCACCACUCCGCCAGGCCUCAGUUGACUUUGAUGGCAAGUUUGACCUGACGGACAUGAGCCUGAAGACAGAGAUUCAGCACAAUGGGCGCAAAUGGGUAGAUGGAGAGAUGAUGUACAGAAAGAAUCAGAAUCGCCAUGUCGGGCGUCUUGCUCUUCGCCAACCGCACCCCAUGACUCACAAUUUUAAUGUCCUCUAUGCUCCAAGGCAGGUUGAUGGUGAUGCCACUAUUAACUGGAACACCAGAAAUCAGAAUUCCAAGAUCCAGAUGGAAUUGAACGUUCAGGAUAGGAGAUACAAGAAGGAGGUUGUAUUGAAGGCUGUUCUGCCAUCCCGCACUGUUGGGUUGACCACCACCACAGAGUCUCGUAAUGGCCUGAGCCACAAAACCGAGCUUACCUGGGACCAGGCUAGGGACAGAAAAGUUGCCUUGGAGUUCAACCAAGAGGGUGACAAGUAUGACGGCAAGCUGACCACUCCAAUCCGUUCUCUGGCCAUGACACUGGACAAAUCAAAGAGUUACAGAAGCCAAAAGGUUGAAGGUGAACUUUUGUGGGAUGCUGAUCGUGACCAAAGCAAGAAAUUGACACUGAAGGGACAGAUGAACCAACUCCCAGACGGCGCUGCCAUUAUCACUACUAUCAAACACCCUAUGCUCCGCAGGGACAUUACCAUCAGCUCAGAAUUCCGCAGCAACGAUUCUCCCAUGUACAGCGGGAAACUUGAAGUAGAAUAUGCUCCAGAGCCCAGCAAGAAACUGACCCUUUCAUCAAAGGUUGGAAACAUUGGCACCAACAAUUACACCGUAGAGCUGGAGUUCUCUCACCCCGAAAGUGGUGUAGACAUAAGCAUGGCUGCCAAUGCUGGUGACGAGAAUGGUCGCAUGACUGGAAACUUCCUCUACCGUUACCAGGAUGAGAGUAUGGCUCUUCGUGGUGAGAUCAACAAGAUCCGCAAGGAAAUCCGCAGCCAGAUGGUAGGCUCUUACAGUUGGAUGACCCCGUGGCUUAUGGAGGGCAAAAUGAACACCAAGAGAGACGGUUAUUUAUUCGAGCUGAAGAAUACCUAUGAGAAGACCAGACAUGGUCACCCACACACUGUCAACACUGUGUUGGACGUUAACACUGAGGCCCCUGCUUUUGACUUGAAAUCCACUGGAUCCCAUGGCAAGAUCUAUUCUCACAUCUUCGCCAAGUACCCCAACAGCUCUGCCGUGCUGUUCAAAGCCAUGCACGAUAUGGGAGAGGGACCAGUUGAUGAUGCCGAGAUCUUCAUUAACCUGAUCGGUAACCAUCUUUUCCAUGAGAGGUACUACCUCCGUUUGGCCAUGAAGGAUGACAUCAAGGCUUACUUGGGAAGCGUGAGGGACUAUUAUGCUGAGAAAAGAAGACAGUACAUGCAGAGCCCCAAUACCCUCUACACUCCUGAGGUAGCCAGCUUCAAGAGAGAGAUGGAGCCUGUUUUGAGUUACCUGAAUGGAGAACUGAGUUCUUUUGAAAAUGACUUUGCCACCAUGAAGCAGGAGAUACGCAUGAUGUACCGUCGCAACGAGUUCUUCAUGAAGGAUAUGGGCGAAGUCUACACAGCCGCUGCUAGAUACAUCAGUGAAAAGAUCGACGAAAUGGAAAGGAUGUAUGAAGAGAUGAAAGUUAAAAUGACUGCCAAGAUUGAAGCCAUUGUUGCCGAGAUGGAGAGAGUCAAACGGGAGGCCAUAGAAUUUAUGUCCACUUUGAAGGUCAACGGCAUGGAAAGGUACAAUCAGCUGAUGGACGAACUGAAGACUAAGUAUGAGGAACUCCGCACUGAAAUGAUGCAGUUCUACCAGGAACAGGCACAGAAAAUGAGAGAAAAGAUGCAGCCAUUCGUGGAGAAGUACAACGAAUAUUAUCGCCAGGCUAUGGUUAAGAUUGACGAACACAAACACGCAAUUAACCACAAGGUGGAUGAGUACAUGCAGAAGGUUCGCGCUCACCCCUACUACUCCAAAGUCUUUGACUUCCAUCAGAAGAGUAUGGCCAGCAUCAGGGAUGCAAUCAACUCACGUGACUGGAUGAAACCUCUGCGUGACCUCCAUUUGAACGCCCGUCAAACACUGUCUGGCCUCCACUAUUUAGCGUCCACGCACUAUGAUGUUUUGUCGAAAAAAUAUGCCGAGGCCAUCUACCAAGCCAGAGAUAACAUUAACGCAAAGAUCGAUGAGGUUCUCUCCCAUCCACAGGUCGCUUACGCCAAAGAUAUGGCACAUCACAUGGUUGAGAAGGGCAUGGACUACUACAAAUACUACAAACUCGAGGAAAAUGUAAAACAUCACCUGCAGAACAUCUACGACUCUGGCCGUUUGAUGGCUGAGAAACGCUGGCAGAGCUUCCUCCAUGACUACCUCCAGAUCAACAGAACCCGCAUCAUCAGAUAUGACCCAAAAGAAUUCAUCUUGGAGUUCGAAGUUUUCAACCCAAUCCCACUGAAGGAUCUGAUGAGCAUGCCCGAGCUGAACCUGGAUGUCUACAGAGAGAGGCUUGACGCUAUGGUAAAAAAAUACACACCCAAGGAUGACAUGAACAUGUGGGACUUGUACUACACAUACAAACCAUCCUCCGAUAUUCGUGAUUGGGUACCACCUUUCAAAGCCCAUGCCAGCUUGAUCGGUAGCCAGCAUUUCAUGACCUUCGAUCACAAGCAUUUCGAAUAUGCCGGAAAAUGCAGCUACAUCCUUGCCAGAGACUUCAUUGACGGCAACUUCACCGCCAUUGUCAACUAUGACGGUUCAAGAGAUGCUAAGAGGAAGUCCAUCACUGUGUUCAGCGACGAUAAAUCCAUCGAAAUUGCACCUGAUUUCACUGUCCGUGUUGGAGCCAUUGGUGGCGAUUCCAAGAAGGAAGAAUUGCCAUUUGAAUUCAAGUCAACCACCGUCCGUCGCCAGGGAGAUGUGGUUCGCAUCGAUAACUCCAACGGUGUAACCAUCAUGUGCAACUGGGCCCACGACGUCUGCAGCCUUAACAUGACCGGCUGGUACUUCGGCAAGACUGCCGGACUUUUCGGCACUUACGACAAUGAAAUGUCCAACGACUUCCUCACCUCCGAGAAGAAAAUCACCGAGAAUGCUGGUGAGUUUGCCUACAGCUGGAAAGUACAACCAAGAUGCAACAGCAGGCACAAUCUCGCAAGAACUGUCCCAGCUACAGAGGGAACCGACGAGUACAACAAGUGUGCAGCCCUCUUCAAAGAGAAGACCUACUCUCCCUACAGAUACUGCUUCAAGCAGGUCGACCCACAGCCAUACUUCGAGAUGUGCGUCAAUCACAUGAGCAGGUUGAGAACGGCUGAUGCCAUGUGCAGUGUGGCUGUAGGCUACGUGCAAGACUGCGCACGCCACGGUGUAAACCUGCGUCUGGAGUCCAGAUGCGUGCAAUGCAAGUACAACAGAAUUUCCAAGACUGAGGGCGAGACUUUCACGCUGUCCGAUAACGGUGAUGCCAAUGUCCCCAAGACCGCCGACGUCAUUUUUGUCAUUGAAGAGAAGACAUGCAACAAGGAUUUCAACUUCAAGCUGCUUACCAGAACUAUUGAGAAGGACAUGAAGGGACAAGGGCUGAAGAGCGUCAAGUUCGGUAUAGUUGGUUAUGGCGGCGCUGGCGUGCACGACAUCGAGCACCAGCACACAAUCCAGGGUGAACUCCUCGGACACGCCCACGACAUCGCUUCCACAAGUAUGACCUUCUUGCAUGACGGAAGGAACUCUGAUGCCCUAAGAGCCGUCGAUUUUGCCGCACGUUAUCCAUUCCGCACAGGAAGCUCUAAGACAAUCAUUCUGGUCCCAUGCUCAAGCUGCAGGAAGAUGUCUGUCGACUACUCUGAUAUCCAGUCUCUGUUGGUUCCAAGCGGCAUCAAAUUCCAUGUUAUGAUGCAGCACGAAUUCCAACUGAAAUCUAACAGGCGAUCUCCAAAGACCAACUACAUUUUCGGUGUCGACGGAAAUACUGCAUUCACCAGCAAGACUUCCGACAUCCAGGGCGACAGGGCUCUCUUCAAGCAGAUCGCCAUUCCCAAAGAUCUCUGUGUGGCCUUGGCUCUCGAGACCAACGGCUCCGUCUUCAACUCUCUUAAGUUGGAACAGGGACGCUGGAGCGACAAGAAGUUGUUCGCCGACUCCGUAGCCCAGCGCGUGGCCUCCACAUCUCAGCCAUCUGAAUGCCAGGUGUGCGAGUGUAGAAAGGGCGACCAGGAAGUGGGCAUCACCGUCUGCAGAAAAUGUGGCGCCACCAGCGGGGACACCUUCAAGAUGUCCGAGAUGUUCCUUGAUAGUUACAACUUUAACAGAGACUUACAAGCCUAUCUUUCGAGAUAAACCACAAGCACAAACAUGUGACUGACCCGGAUCUGAUAUCGAACUUUUCUUUUUAACUUAUUUGGAUUUCUGACCUUUUUUCAUACGGACUACGACUUCGAAAGGAAACUUUUCCCAAAGACUAGUGUGAAAUUUCAUAGAACAUUGUGAAAUUUUUAUAUAGAAAAUCUUCUCAACAUAAUUUGAAAAAAAAAACUUAAAAAAUCAUGAACCUAGUGUUUUGUAAUAAUGUUUGCAUUUGUGUUGUUUUAGAAAAGUACUACUCGUUGUUUAUGUAGUGUUUUAACGUUUUGUAUCGUGUUUACAGUAGUAUAGACUGUGUUCUGUUGAAAGCUGAGACAAGCAGAGUGCAACAACAGCAAUGCAACCAUGCAUUCCAAUAAUCUACCAGUAUCAUCAUCUGUCUGUUAAUAAAACAAAUUUGAAGCAAAUAGUGUAUCAUUUUCGCGUUGUGCAUUUGUCCUAUUUAUUGUUAAUAUUGCAAUAAACGUAUCCAAUGUUAAAUAUUA